AUGAUGGUUAUGAAUAGAACGGCCGUCAGAUACAAUGCCACAAAGUCCAGCAGUGACUCCAAGAACGUGGGAGCCAAUAAGACUACUGCUCCUGCUACUACUACCACUACCACUACCACUAAGACCAAAGAGAUAGUAAAGGCACCUCCUAAAGAAGUGGUGCCUGUUAGUGGUGAACCCAAGAAGAGUCUUUGGGAGAAGGUCAAACACGAAGCCAAUCAUUAUUGGAAUGGUACCAAAUUAUUGGGGUAUGAAAUUAAGGUAUCUACUCGGUUGUUGGUGAAAAUGGUUGCGGGAUAUGGUCUUACUAGAAGAGAAACCAAUCAAUUACAACGUACUAUUGUUGACGUGGUCAGAUUGGUACCGUUUGCUAUGUUUAUCAUUAUUCCCUUUGCAGAAUUAUUGUUACCUGUGGCAUUGAAGGUAUUCCCCAAUUUGUUACCUCUGACUUAUGAAUCUUCUCAAGAUAAAGCUAAAAAGAGAGCUUCUUUGUCUAAGACAAGAACUUCGGUCUCUGGAUACAUUCGUAAGACUAUGGAAGAAUCCGGAGGUUUGAAAUUAUCCAAGAAAAUCACCGAAGAAGAAAAGCAAGCAUUUGUGUCCUUCUUCGAUACCAUUUCGCUUGGAAGGACUCCUAGUCAUGAACACUUGUUGCGUGUGGCCAGACUCUUCAAGAAUGAUCAGGUUUUGGAUAAUUUGUCUAGACCUCAAUUGGUGGCUAUGGCAAGAUACAUGUCCCUUAGACCUUUUGGUACUGAGACCAUCUUACGUUAUCAAAUCAGACAUAGACUUUUGAACAUCAUUAGAGAUGAUAAAUCUAUUGAUUAUGAGGGUGUUGAUUCCUUGACUAUUCCUGAAUUACAAUUAGCUUGUCAACAAAGAGGGAUCAAGACUUCAGAUGUUUCUCCUGGUAGAUUAAGAGAUGAUUUAUCUACUUGGUUAGAUUUAAGAUUGAGACAGAAGAUCCCCUCGACUUUGUUGAUUUUAUCUUCAACUUAUACUUAUGGUGAUAAUGAUCAUGGUAUCCAAUCAUACUACGAUGCUUUGUUGGCUGUAUUGUCGUCUAUUCCUGAUGAAGUUUAUAAUGUAUUGAAGUUGGAAUUAGAAGGUGCUGAUUCUAAAUUCAAGUUGCAGACUUUGAAGGAACAAGAAGAGUUGAUUCAGGAAGAAAACGAACGUGAGAAGGGCACUGUCAACCAAGUUAGAGAUAAUCUUAAAUUGGAUGAAUUGGAAGAAUCUGCUACGGGAGGAAUGAAAAUUGAACUUGACCCUCCAGCUGAACCAGAAGUGGUAAAGAAGAACGAAGAAACAAAGGUUUAA